UAAAUCCAUACAACUUUCUUUUAAUUUUAUAAUUCUAUUCCAUCCAUUAAUUAAAUACAUAUAAGAUUUAUUUUGAGUAUUUUGAAAAUAGAGGCCAAUAUGAGUAGUCCUAUAAGGAAAGCUAAUCAUACUCCUUCUAUUCCAUUUAAUGAAGAAGCAGAGAAAACAGCAAUUUUUCUACCUGCAAUAGAUCUUAAAAGCUAAAAUACAACACCAAGGAGUAGCUUGGUAUAAGCUCCUUUGUCACAUUAAGCUACCGCUAAUAGCUAAUCGUCAAUUUAAUCUAAUUUCAUAUACAAUUAAAAAUCUGUAGAAAAGACCUACAUUCAUGAUAAUUCAAAAAGAAAUUACUAAUCAUCUUGCCAAUAAGAUAUAUUAAAUGGAGUUUAAAGAAUUUCAAAAGAGCCUUCAAACCAAAAAGAACUGGGGCUGCUUAAAGAAGCAUCAAUUAUCCAUAAUUAUGGCCCAAAUAGAAGAAGCAUUUAAUUAAAUUAAAGUAACGAAAGAUCUGGCUAAAAUCUUUACAAUAAUAGCUAUGGAUAUUAGAUAAAUUUAGAAAGAGAUUUAAGAUUAAACCAGAGUUAUGAAGUAAAUAUUAGCAAUUCAGCAAGAUCAAAAUAAAAUAACUAUUCAAACUCUAUUAAUUCUUCUCUAGUAUCAAUCAACAACUAACAAAAAUAUAGAAGCUAAAGUUGUCAGCGCAAGCCUUCGGAUUAACUAAUACUCGGAUCAAUUGAUUUCAACAAUUUUAAUCACAUAUACGCAUUUACUCCACAGUCAGCACCUAAUAGCUAGAUAGAAGGAACAUUUAUCACUAGAAAGAACAUCAAUUAGAUUAAGACUUUAAGCUAUCCUCAUACAAACAUUGUUGAUUAACAUAUCUCAUAAUAAUAACAUUAGAGGUAAGCAAAAGAAGAUAACUUAAUAACUUUAAACAAAAUUAAAGAAUCAACAACACCUAAUCCUCUAUCAAACCCUUUUGAUCCAUUAAAGCAAGAAACUUAAAUACAUUUUGAUACAGAUGGAUGUCGUAAGAAGAUGUAAGAUGAAGCACAAUCUCAAAGUGAAAUUAAAAGAGAUAACCGCUUUCCUAAGGGGUUUUUUGUUUAAACUCCAACUUCUUCAAAAAGACGUACUAUUCGCUUGAAUCAAAACAUUUACUAAACUCCAAUCGAAAAAAAAGAAAACUAGAUAUAAAGCUUUACUAAUAUAAAUGAAUAUCAAUUUACUUUUGGAGACGAAGAAUCUGAAAUUCAAGAUAACAACUUACAAAACAACAUUUAAUCAUCUAAAAAUUCUAAUAUGUAUUAAUUGUAGAAUUAAUCAUUGAAAGUUGGCUAUUAAUUUGAUAAUAAUUAAUUAGAAAAAAUUAAGUAGUGUAAUUAGGAUGACAAACACAAAGACUAUUUAAACCAAUAAAUUACUAAAAAUGAUGUAUGCAGAUCAGUUGCUGCCAAAGGAGGAAUAAGUCUUUCAGCUAAUCAACAAAGACCAGACGAAAAUGCUGUUAUAGACUAAGUUACUUUUGGUCUCUUUCCUAUGAGAGAUCAUAGUUCAAAUUAAAAUUAAAAUUUAAUCAUACACUCUCCUCUGAAUGAAUCUCCUGUUCAAACAACAUCUGCAGGUGUAAGAAAAUAUUAAAAACCAAAAUCACUAUUAUUCAAAAAAAUGUUUGAAAAAGUUAAUUCAUUAAUCGAUGAUCAAAAAAGAGCUGAUUGCAGUCAACAUCAAGAAAAUAGUGAAAUUGGUGAUUCUCCUUUGCAUGGUAGUGAGCGUUUAAUUAAUAGUAAAAACUAUUAAUAAAGAUAAAAUAUGGCUAAAGUCUUUCAUUCGCGUUAAUCUUCACCAAAAAAUAAAUAAUUUAGAUAACCAAAUGGAAAAAAAAUAGGGCUUGCUUCUUCGAUAUUGGAGUAAAUAAAAGAUGCAGACAAUUAAAUUUAAAUGAUUAAUUAUGCUUAAUCUAGAAAUAAUCAAGAGAGUCCUUAAGACAGAGAAUGCGUUCAAUAAACUCCAAAAUCUAUUGAAAACUCAAAAAAAAACUCUGUAGAAAAUGAUAAAAACUAAGUUUUUUUGCAGUUUUAAAAGAAACUUAGUUUUUAAUUGAAUAAUAAUUAAAAUACAAACACUACAACAGAAACUUAAAAAAAUCCCUAACUUUAUCCUUUAAAUAGCUAAGUAAAGAACAAAAAUUCUAUAAAAUCUUCUGACCAUUAGCAGUAAGAUGGGUUAACAUAGGUAGUGUGCUAAAAUAAUGAUAAGUUAAAUAAAUGGCUGUAGGAACACAGUUAGUUUAAAUAGUCAAGUAUUGCUGACUAUUAGAUGUAUGUAGGUAUUUCUUGCUAUUCCGUUACCCCAAAUUAACAAUAAAGUGCAAGAGCUAGUUAUAAUUAAGAAGAUGAACAAAAUAAACUUCCAAAUAACACAUUCACAGAUAAAACUCGACUCUAUAAUAAUGUUUAAAUUUCAAAUAAUAUUUAAUAAAUGCAGAUUACUAAUUAAAUCCAAAAUAAUAAUGAUACAUCUAUAAAUAAUAUCUAAAGGUAAUCUGCUUAAAAAAUACAAAUUUAAUCUAAUAAAUUAUCACUAAAAUAAAAGUAAACUACUAAAAAACACCUUUAAGCAAACUUCAAAUUAAAUAGUGCUUCAGAUUUAGAUAUUUAGAAUGCUUAAAUUGGUUAAUCAUCUAACUGUUCUCCUAAAUCUUUAAAAAAGAAAGCUGUUGUUAGAAAAUUAAGUAGCCUAUAAAUUAAUGAUUAAAGCCCUUCUCCUGAUGAAAAUGCUCAACUAAAGUAAAAUUAAUGUAAUUAAAUAAUUGAUAAGCUUGGAGAUCUAUAAAAAAUUUCAUAAGACUCCAUAUAAAUUAAAAACUCUUAGUAUAAGACAGAUAAGCAAUAAAACAAAAAUUUAAGUAUAAAACAAAGUUUACAGUUUGAAAAGAUAUCCUCUAUAAAAAAAGAUUCUAAAAUAAAAGGAGAAAAUACUAAAAACAAUGCUAAUAAAAAUAUUGGUCCCUGGAUUAAUGAAAAAGAUGACAUAGAAGAUGAUAUUAUGAUGGAAAGAAUACUUCAAAAUUAAACUCAAAUUAAAAUUUAAUGA